CACAAUCGCUGCACCAAAACCCUAAUUUUGCAAUCCCUUCUUCUCUCCAGAGAUCAAUUUCAAUUUCUUUUUUUCAAGAAAGGAAGGAAGGAAGCCAUGAGGUGCAGAGAGCACUCAUCCGAUCACAGCGGCGGCGUUUGUCCCCGCUGCCUUCGCGAUCGCCUCUCCUCCCUCGCCGCCGCUGAAGCAGAACAGGAAGGCAGGCGAUCACCGGAGAUUCUCAGUUCUCAUACCGAUUCGCCUAAUGUCUCCGAUGAUCAGAAACGCCGCGCCCAUAAGCUUUCUCUUUUCUCUCCGAUUAGGGUAAAACAGACACCCAAGAAGACGGAAUCCGAUGCCAUCGUCCUCAAACCCUCGAUUUCUCAUUCUGGGUUCCUGUCCCUAAUUAUGAAACAGUGGAGUAAGAAUAGAAAGAAAUUGCAGGGCAUCUCGCCGGCAGAGGAAUAUGACAGCCGCGGAAGGUCUAGGAAGCCGCACUUGCAGCCCGUGAACGGAAGGGGAAUGUCGCCGGCGAUGAAGGAAGAGAGGGAAGGAGAUAGACGUCGCAUCUCGGCGCCGUCGCCGUUGAGGCAGAAAGCUCAACGGCAACAGAGUCCCAACAGGUUUUCGAGCUACGUUGUGUGCCUGAGCCCUAUGUUGAGGCCGAGCCCCGGUAAUCGCCGGAAUCAUGGUCCGUCGGAUACGGUAAUCGCCGGCGAUGUCCAUGGAUCGUUGAAUCGAAAGUGGAGCGGGGUUGGAGUAGCUUUUCCUGAAGCGUCCUCUGGUCUAGGGAUGAAUCGAUCGAGGAAGCUGGUGGAUUUGGGUCCGCGAAGAAACAAGGGCCACAAAGUCAAAGCUGCAGGUCGUGGGAUCGAAACUGCAACCUGCGUAUAACUCGACUUUUCCCAAAACGCUACCUCACCCCAGUUUUCAAACAACUACACUGGCGUCU